UUUCACAUUUGCAACAACCCAUUCAGCUACUAAGCGAUUGUCAACGAGUGCAAAAGCGAACGCAAAUGCGUUUUAUUUCAACUACAAACGAAAUUCGGGUGGAAAAGACAUGGAGGUGCCAGAGGGUGUAUUCUGUGGUAGCGUUGAUCGCUUCAAUGGUGUGCUGGUGGACUCAGAAAAGGAAUACGAUGAAGCCACAGAUUUUGAAAAGAAGCUAGAGAAAUCUUUAGACCACUGGAUUUCCAUUAAACGGCGCGCCAUAUGGUUUACAUUACGGAAAGAACAUGCAGCAUGGGUGCCACAUUUAGCUAAGGCCGGCUUUGUAUUCCAUCAUGUGGACACUACCUCCUCCUCGCUUGUGAUGUAUCGCUGGCUGCCAACCCACGAAUCUGCCAAUAUACCAACAUUUUGCCAUACAAUGCUUGGUGUUGGUGGACUUGUUGUCAAUGACAACGAUGAAGUGUUAGUUGUUAGUGACCGUUAUGCAUUAAUCGCAAAUAGUUGGAAAUUGCCCGGUGGUUAUGUGGAGCCCGGUGAGGAAAUAGUAAAUGCAGCUAUACGCGAGGUGAAGGAGGAAACCGGUAUCGACUGUGAAUUCCGUACCGUUAUUAGUAUACGACAUUCACAUGGCGGAAACUUCGGCUGUUCAGAUAUGUACGUAGUUGUUGCUUUGAAGCCACUCAAUCGUGAAGUACAUAAAUGCGAGCGUGAAAUCGCUAAGGCACAAUGGAUGCCGGUUAAGGAAUAUUUACAACAUCCUGACGUGCACGAGACAAAUCGUCACUUUAUGCGCACCUAUUUGGAUUAUAAUAAACGCAAUAUACGUUUUACAUAUGAGCGCGCCCAACAUCGUGUGCUGAAACGCGAGUACACAUUGUUCUAUAUGAAACCGGUGGAGGAGAAAAACGAAAGUUGAGCCAAGUAGUGAAGUUUUUUAUGCGUAACAGCACUUUUCAUCCUUCAAAAGAAAAUUUAAAUUUUUGAGGUUAUGUAGUGUAUGAUUUUUAGGCAACGGAAAACGCAGAUAGACCAGUGAACAUACAACUGCUUUUUCUAGUUCGUUAUAUAGUUAAAUAUAAUAUUCCACAAAGUGGCCUUUCAAAAUAAACUGAAAUAGAUUUGAUUACACAAUAAAAAAAUUACGAUGUGUAAGUGAAAACUGGUACAAAUAACUUUAUCGAAAGUUAACUUAGCUCAAUUAAACUAAAAAUAAUACCCAAAUUGUUACAAGUAAAAAUAAAAUCACCUUCGAUAACAUGCACCAAGAGGUUUUUUUUAAAUUUAUUUACACAUUUUGAAAUUUAAAUGUUUGUUUCUUCCAUUGUCGUCGAGGUACUAUUUUUGUAUUUACGAUUUGUUAAA